AUGUACCGACAGAUAAGUAUACAUCCUCAGGAUAAGGACUAUCAACGAAUCCUGUGGCGAAGUCAUCCAUCCGAACCGACUAAACAUUUUAAGUUAACAACAGUUACAUAUGGCACGGCCAGCGCCCCGUACUUGGCGGUGCGCACUGUGCAUCAGCUAUCGGAUGACGAAAGGGUGCACUAUCCAAAAGCGUGUCGAGCCAUUAAAGAAGACUUUUAUGUGGUUGAUGUCCUAACAGGCGGAGAUACAAUCAAGGAAGCGCAGACCUUACAGCAAGACCUUAUCAAAGUACUACAAAAGGGAGGGUUUAAAUUACGGAAAUGGGCAGCAAAUUUCGAUAGUCUGUUGGAGUCAAUUCCUGUUUCCGAUAGAGAAGCGAACCCACUGUUAAGCAUCGACGAGGAAGAUCACAUCAAGACUCUAGGACUACGAUGGCAUCCAGCAAGGGAUUGCUUCUUCUUCAAGGUUACCUUAGAAGAGAUCACAGGUACUGUGCUCACGAAACGAAAAUUGCUUUCUGAGGUAGCAAAAUUAUUCGAUCCAAUGGGAUGGUUGCAGCCGUGUAUUGUCGUAGGGAAAAUAAUGAUGCAGCAGCUGUGGUUACAACACAGAACCUGGGAUGAACCAAUCACAGAAGAACUUGAUGCGAUAUGGCGAAACUUCCGUUCACAGUUGCCGUUUCUCCAGGAAAUUACUAUUCCAAGGUGGCUACACUGUAAUGAUACUGUAACUAUUCAAGUCCAUGGAUUUUGUGACGCCUCAGAAGCAGCAUAUGCGGCAGUCAUCUAUGUACGCAUUGAGGAACGUGACGGUUCCACAACUGUUCAACUCAUAACGUUGAAAGUCGCACCGUUAUAG